GGGCCCAGGCUGCUUGUGCUUCCCGUUAGCUGGCAGGCCUCUUGCCAAGCAGCCGGCACAGAGGUAGGGACUGUCCAGAGGCUGAGAGGCAUCCUGCGCCCAGGUCCUGUCCACACAGGCUCCCGUCUGAGCAGGCCGGGAGCUUCGGCAAUGGCCGCCUUCCUUGUUUUGCUCCUCUGUGGUUUUCCAGUGGCAAGUAUGGGUGACAGCAGGGCUGGGAGUGAGGACGCAGACGGGAGAGGCUGCGUGGCAGGCCUGGCUCCCCAUUGCCCCUCGGCGUCCCCCAGCGCCCAGGGCUGGACACACCCCGGCCAGAGCCAGCUGUUUGCAGACCUGAGCCCAGAGGAGCUGGCAGCUGUCAUGAGCUUCCUGACCCAGCGGCUGGGGCCAGGGCUGGUGGAUGCGGCCCAGGCCCAGCCCUCAGACAACUGCGUCUUCUCGGUGGAGCUGCAGCUGCCCCCCAAGGCUGCGGCCCUGGCCCACCUGGACAGAGGAGGCCCCGCACCUGCCCGGGAGGCGCUGGCCAUCGUCUUCUUUGGCGCACAGCCCCAGCCCAACGUGAGUGAGCUGCUGGUGGGGCCACUGCCUCACCCUAGCUACAUGCGGGAUGUGACGGUGGAGCGGCACGGGGGCCCCCUGCCCUACUACCGGCGCCCCGUGCUGGCCCGAGAGUACCUGGACAUAGACGACAUGAUCUUCGACAGAGAGCUGCCCCGCGCCGCCGGGCUCCUGCACCACUGUUGCUUCUACAGACCCAGGGCACGCAACCUGGUGACAAUGAACACAGCCCCCCGGGGCCUGCAGUCCGGGGACCGGGCCACCUGGUUUGGCCUCUACUACAACAUCGUGGGGGCUGGGUUCUUCCUGAACCCUGUGGGGCUGGAGCUGCUGGUCGACCACAAGGCCCUGGACCCUGCCCACUGGCGCAUCCAGAAGGUGUUCUAUCAAGGCCGCUACUAUGAGAGCCUGGCCCAGCUGGAGGAGGAGUUUGAGGCCGGCCGGGUGAACGUGGUGCUGGUCCCAAACAACGGGACAGGUGGGUGGUGGUCGCUGAAGCCCCAGGUGCCCCCAGGCCCGGCGCCACCUCUGCAGUUCCACCCCCAGGGCCCUCGCUUCAGCGUCCAGGGCACCCGCGUGGCCUCCUCCCUGUGGACCUUCUCCUUCGGCCUGGGAGCUUUCAGCGGCCCAAGGAUCUUCGACGUGCGCUUCAAGGGGGAGCGGCUGGCCUAUGAGAUCAGCGUCCAGGAGGCCUUGACCAUCUACGGGGGCAAUUCUCCUGCUGCUCUCCGAAGCCGGUACACUGAUGGCGGCUUUGGCUUGGGCCACUUCUCCUCGCCGCUGACCCGUGGCGUGGAUUGCCCGUCCCUGGCCACCUACGUGGACUGGCACUUCCUCUUGGAGUCCCAGACCCCCAAGACGGUGCGCGAUGCCUUCUGUGUGUUUGAACAGAACCAGGGCCUGCCCUUGCGGCGCCACCACUCGGACAUCCACUCCCACUAUUUCGGGGGCGUCGUGGAGACAGUGCUGAUCGUCAGGUCUGUCUCCACCUUGCUCAACUACGACUAUGUGUGGGAUAUGAUGUUCCACCCCAACGGGGCCGUGGAGGUCAAAUUCCACGCCACCGGCUACAUCAGCUCAUCCUUUUUCUUUGGUGCUGCCCGAACAUUUGGGAAUCAAGUCGGGGCGCACACACUGGGCACGGUUCACACCCACAGCGCCCACUUCAAGGUGGAUCUGGACGUAGCAGGACUGGAGAACUGGGUCUGGGCGGAGGACAUGGCCUUUGUCCCCACGGCUGUGCCCUGGCACCCUGAGCACCAGAUGCAGAGGCUGCAGGUGACCCGGAGACGGCUGGAGACGGAGGAGCAGGCUGCCUUCCCCCUGGGGGGCGCCACCCCUCGCUACCUGUACCUGGCCAGCAACCAGAGCAACAAGUGGGGUCACGCCCGGGGCUACCGCAUCCAGCCGGUCAGCUUUGCUGGGGAGCCGCUGCCCCGGAGCAGCCCCGUGGAGAGAGCCUUCAGCUGGGGGAGGUACCAGCUGGCCGUGACCCAGCGGAAGGAGCAGGAGCCCAGCAGCAGCAGCAUCUACAACUUGAACGACCCCUGGACACCCACUCUGGACUUCACUGCCUUUAUCAACAACGAGACCAUCGCCGGGCAGGACUUGGUGGCCUGGGUGACAGCUGGCUUUCUGCACAUCCCGCACGCAGAGGACAUUCCCAACACGGUGACGGUGGCCAACGGCGUGGGCUUCUUCCUGCGACCCUACAACUUCUUUGACGAGGACCCCUCCUUCUACUCCGCAGACGCCAUCUACUUCCGGGGGGACCAGGACGCCGGGGCCUGUGAGCUCAACCCCCUGGCUUGCCUGCCCCGGGUUGCUGCCUGUGCCCCCGAGCUCCCUGCCUUCUCCCAUGGGGGCUUCGCUCACGACUAGGAGCUCCUGGGAAAUCUGGCCAGAGGGGGGCCCAGAGCCAGGGUGUGAGGGGGGAGGCAGCAGCUGGACACGGGGCUGGGCCACCUGGCUCCCUCUUCUCCUUCCCAUGUCCCUUCCCCUGCCCCAAGGCCUCGCCCUUACCUGACACCCUGCCCGCGGCGUCCGGAGCUUGCCAAUGCAGACCCAGGGACACUCAGCCCUGCCAGUCCCAGCUAUGCUGAGUCCCCACCCCAGGCAGGGCAGCAGGGGCCCGGCAGGAGCCUCCUGGAGAGAAGACAAAGCUUUUCGCAGAUGAUCCUUCUUUUUGCUAUGUUUUUUGUUGUCUUACCUUUUCGUUUUUUUUUUUUUUCUCUUAUUUUGUCAAUGAAAUAUAAUCCACAUGUCACAAAGGCAACGUUUUGGAGUGUAUCAGUUAAUGUGCUCCAGUGCGUGUGCAAAGCUGUCCAGCCACUGCCACCAUCUCACUCUAAUCCUAUCACCCCAGGAAAACCCACACCCUUUAGCAAGCUCCCUCCCUUCCCCCACCUAACCUGCUUUCUGUUACUAUGGAUCUGCUUAUGUUUAGGAAAAUUCAUAUAAAUAGGUUCACAUAAUA